AUGGACGAGGACUGGGAGCUCCUCCUCGCGUCCCCCAAGGCGGCGGCCGCCGAGCCGUACUCCGGCGGCGGGGAGGACGACGCCGGCGCCAUCAAGCACGACUACUUCGACCUCGGCUCCGACGCCAAGUACCCCCGGAGAGCGUCUCUGUCGAAGGGGAACGAGGAGGAGGGGCUUCUCGGGGCGUUGGACAACGCGAGCUGGGUGGAGCCGGAACCUGACGACCUUCUCUUUCCCGGCCGCGACCGCGCGGCGCUCUGGUCGGACUCGUCCUCCGACGGGGAGAGGCCCGAGGUCGAGGCUACCGAUCCGGUGGAGCGGGCCAGGGAGGAGGCCGGGGUCACGGAGGCCGCCGCGGCUGAUGUGGGCGAGGGGGCCGUGGCGAAGGUGGGAGGACCGGUCCCGUGGUGGAAGCUGCCGCUGGACGCGCUGCGGGUGUGGGUACUGCGCGCGGCGAGGAGCGCCUGGUCGGUGCCGUUCGCCGUCGCGCUGCUUGGAUUCGCCGUGCUCGGCCGCCGGCUGUACCGGAUGCGCCGCCAGAGCAAAGCCGUCGCGCGCGUCCGCCUCGUCCUCGACGAAAAGAAGGUCUCCCAAUUCAAGGGCCAGUCAUCACGUCUGAAUGAAUCCAUGACGAUGGUGCGGCGAACUCCUAUCAUAAAACCUAUGCUUCCUGCCAAUGGAGUGACUCCAUGGCCUGUGCUGGGGCACCUGUGA